AUGGGAUUCAUGCCCCUCAGCGGCCGCAACGACCCCUCAGACUCUAUAGGAGAGGGCGACAUCCCACUCAGACCAGUUCAGACGGCAGGCUCUACCGGCGCUAGAAGGCAGAACCAAACCCUCGACGACAUGGACCUCGAGCAGACUUCCUCCGCCGAGGAGAAGAAGACCGGCCUCUUUCAUCGCAAGUCGAAGAACGAGGGCCCAGAGGGGGGCAGGAAGGGCACCUAUGGCGAGGAAGGCGGCCUGAACGCCAUGGGUCGCAUAUACAACAAGAUCAUCGGUUUCUCCGUCAUCACCCGCUAUCUGGUCUAUAUCGCACCUGUUGCCCUCGUCUUAGCUGUACCCCUCAUCGUGAUCCCAAUCACUGGCCACUACGAGGACACACGCGUCGGCGGCUCUCGGGAAACCAAUGCUCCUCGGCUCUUCGAUCUCUUUCUGUGGAUUGAGAUUUCCUGGCUUGCUCUCUGGGGUGGCAAGAUCGUCGCGCACUUCCUUCCUCCCAUCUUCAUGUUCUUCUGUGGCGUGGUUUCUUCGGGCACACGGAAAUAUGCCACUGUUCUGAAGAAUUUGGAGAUCCCAUUCUCCCUCUUGCUUUGGGCACUCUGCUCAUGGCUCGUGUUCAGGUUCAAGUUCCAGAUCAACAAUGGCGACGACCUUCAGUGGGUCUACGUCAUGGCACGGAUCUUGGGCUCGCUCUUCGUGUCGUCCUGCGUCCUUCUCGGUGAGAAGGCCAUCAUACAGCUUAUCAGCAUCACAUACCACCAGCGCUCCUUCGCCAACAGGAUUAAGGACUCGAAGCGCGAGGUCUUCCUUCUCGGCCUGAUGUAUGACGCUUCCCGGACGCUCUUUCCCAUGUGGUGCCCCGAAUUCUCUGAAGAGGACUACAUCAUCAACGAUAGUAUCGAGAUGAUGAUCUCGGGUGGCAAGAAGCGCCGGGCUCGCGGCCACAAGAAGUCUGGAUCCGUCACGCCUAUGCACUUUAUCGGUGGGGCUGCUGGAGGAAUUGGUCGGGUAGGCGACAAGAUAACAUCUGUGUUUGGAAAUCUCGCCUCCGAGAUCACCGGCAAGCAGGUCUUCAACCCCAAUUCCGCCCACUCAAUCGUCGUCGAGGCCUUGGAGAAGGUCCCAACCUCUGAGGCUCUGGCACGUCGUAUCUGGAUGUCCUUUGUGGUAGAGGGCAACGAUUCCCUCUAUGCGGAAGACAUCAUCGAGGUUCUCGGCCCAGGGCACAGGGAGGAUGCCGAGGAAUGCUUCGAGGCCGUCGAUGCGGACAUGAACGGCGACAUCAGCCUUGAUGAGAUGGUGCGCAAGGUCGUUGAGAUCGGCAAGGAGAGGAAGGCCAUCUCAAACAGCAUGAAGGACAUUGGUCAGGCGCUUCGCGUGCUCGACUCAGUCCUGCUGUUUAUUGUGAUCCUGAUCGUGGUUUUUGUGUUCCUUUCCUUUUUCAAUUCCUCGUUUGUGACCACACUGGCCAGCGCAGGCACAGCCCUCCUUUCGCUCUCCUUCGCCUUCUCCGUCACGUGCCAGGAAUUUCUCGGUUCUUGCAUUUUUCUCUUCAUCAAGCAUCCCUAUGAUGUGGGCGACAGGAUUGAUGUCAGCGGCGAGCAAAUGGUUGUCGAGAAGAUCUCACUGCUCUACACCGUGCUUACUCGCAUUGACAAGAUGCAGGUUGUACAGAUACCGAACAUUGUUCUCAACAAUCUUUGGAUCGAAAAUGUCACGCGCAGCAAAGCCAUGAAGGAAGUUAUCGACGUGAACAUCUCCUUCGACACAUCGUUUGAAGAUGUUGAGCUCCUCCGCGUGGAGAUGGAAAAAUUCGUGCGACAUGCCGACAAUUCACGAGACUUCCAGCCAGAUCUCGCUAUCGGCGUGGGCAGUGUGGGAGACCUCGACAAGCUCACGCUCAAGCUGGCAAUCAAGCACAAGUCCAACUGGCACAACGACGCUGUCCGCGCAACCAGGAGAUCCAAGUUCAUCUGCGCCCUCGCCCUCGCUCUCAAGAAGGUUCCUAUCUAUGGUCCAGUUGGAGGCGCAGAGCCAUUGGGCGGGCCAACCAACCCUGCCUAUUCGGUUGCCGUGGACGACGACUUUGCCGCCAAGGCUCGUACGAAGGCUGAGGACGCCGCUGAUGCCCUGCGAAUUAUGCCCCUCAAGCCCAAGCGGGGCGCCUCGACAAAGGUUCAGCACAUGAGCGAGAAGCAGGCGGUCGCAGAGCUAAACACGCGCCCGCCGCUGGAGGGCCUCGACUCCAACUACGGCGCCAAUCGUGACGCGGUGGAUGAGCGCACCGAGUCGGCGACGCUGAACUCUAGGGAUGCUUCGGCGGAGCGGAAUCGAUCCGACAACCUUGAGCAGCUACGCCAGGACCUUGUCAAGCGGGAAAACACGCGCGGCCGCAGGAAGGCGGGUGAAGGCGUCCCUGGCGCGCCGCUCAGCUCGAUGAGCCCUGGUUUGACAGUAACGCAGUACGACAACGACGGUAAUGUUAUAGUGGGUGGUCAUCGGCAGAUGUCAUAUGAUGUCGUUCCGGGCCAGGGAGGUAUGGGCAGCCCCUACGGCGGGAUUGGAGUUGCCAGCUCGCCAGGCUACGGAGCGGUCCCCAGUGUCUCGCCGGGCAUAGCUGCCGCGGCGGCUCAGAGCUAUUCCCUCUACCCUACGAGCACAUACUCACCACCCGGGCCGGGUCAGGACCCUAGUGAGCAGAUGACGCUACCCGGACAGGCCAUGACUACCCAAGCAGGCCCUUCAAUCCCAGAAGGGCGGGUCCUUGCCUCUCCGCAGGCACACGGUGCCCGCCAAAGGGGUGCCAGUGUGUCCCAGGCUCUCGAGGAGCGGCAGAGAGAGGAGCAGGCGCGAAGGCAGCAGGGCCAGGGUGGCCAGGGACGGCAAUAUACAAAGUAG